GUGUACUUCCGUAUCUCGUUGUUGAAGUGCGUUGUCAAAUGUCAAAAGAAAAAUGAUACCGGCGAUGGCUAAAAUAACGUUUAGCUUAGCAUUUUUGCUUUGUGUUAUAAUAAAAUGUAACGGUGUAAACGUUGAUACAAUAUCAAAUGAUAUCAGGUUCAAGAAUGUCGAGCGCCACAUAGACAUUACAUCUCAACUAGUUAAAAUAACAUCUAAAAUAACCUUGGAGAACGCGGGGCAGAAACCGGCAAAGAACUUCUUGUAUGCUGUUGAAAGCACGACAAAGAAUAAUUUGGCCUUUGUUGGAGUUAAAGAUAAUAAUAACAGAGAUUUGCGUUUAGUGGAGACUACAGUGAAAGGACAUGACGGGGUUAAAUUUUGGAGAGUCGAAUUAAAAGAACCUAUCAGCGUUGCUUCCUCCCUUGUGGUGACAGCCGAAGCGAUUUAUACCAAGUCACUGGUGCCAUAUCCGACUGCUAUUACACAGCAGGAAGAUCAACUAGUGAAAUACAAUGGCAACCUUUACUUCUUCACCCCUUACCAUGUCACGUCACAAAGAACGAGUGUAGCUAUGGUCACGAAGACUAUCGAGUCGUUUACCAAGGUAAAACCAUUUACUCAGCAAGAUGGUACUAUUUUGUAUGGUCCAUACAGUAACACUGGACCAUUUACAGAAAAAGAAUUAAGUAUCCACUAUAAGAACAAUUCCCCAUUCUUAACUGUUACACGGCUUGAGAGGUUGAUUGAAGUUUCACACUGGGGCAACAUUGCUGUUGAGGAAAAGAUUGAAAUAGAACACACAGGUGCUAAACUUAAAGGACCAUUCUCUCGCUAUGACUACCAACAGGACCAUCACAGUGGUCCUGCUAGUGUGCGCUCAUACAAGACCGUGCUGCCAGCUUCAGCUGCUGAUGUGUACUACAGGGACACCAAUGGAAAUAUUUCUACCUCGAAUAUGAAAAUCAAGAAAGACUCUGUUGAGUUGGACCUCAGACCUCGGUACCCAUUGUUUGGUGGAUGGCGGUCCCAUUAUACUCUCGGUUACAAUGUCCCUAGUUAUGAAUACUUGUACCAUUCAGGCAAUGAAUACUUGCUUAAAAUGAGAGUAGUAGAUCAUAUAUUUGAUGACAUGCAAAUUGAUGAAUUGGUUACCAAAAUUGUUUUGCCUGAAGGUUCAACAAAUGUAAAAAUCAAUAUUCCAUACAGUGUUACAAGAUUGCCAGACAGUUUGCAUUACACAUACUUGGACACAAAAGGCCGCCCAGUGAUAACCUUUACAAAGACAAAUGUUGUAGAGAAUCAUAUUCAAGAUUUCCAACUUCGUUACACAUUCCCUCGUAUUCUGAUGUUGCAGGAGCCUCUACUGGUCGUAGGAUUCCUCUACUUACUAUUCUUAUGUGUAAUAAUUUAUGUAAGAUUAGAUUUCUCCAUACAUAAGUCUGAACAUCCUCACAAGGAGUGAUAGAAUUGUAAUAUUUUUAAUUUAUAUAAAUU